AAAAUCCCAAGCAUUAGCCCAACCGCCCGAUAUAUCACUCUCCAACAGCGGUGCAUCCGCUCGCCCAUCACUGGAGCAAAUCAAUCACUUCUGGCCUAGGCCAUGGCGCGGCAGUCGAGGAAGUGGAUGAUCCUCGUCGUCACGAUAUGGAUCCAGGCCUUUACAGGCACAAACUUCGACUUCUCGGCCUACUCUUCGGCCCUCAAGUCGGUCCUCGGGAUAUCGCAGGUGCAGCUCAACUACCUGGCCGUGGCCUCCGACAUGGGGAAGGUGUUUGGAUGGUCGUCGGGGUUGGCCCUAAUCUACUUCCCGCUCUCGGUCGUCAUGUUCAUGGCCACCACCAUGGGCUUCAUCGGCUACGGCCUCCAGUGGCUCGUCAUCAGCGGCAUCAUCACCGUCCCCUAUUUCGUGGAAUUCCUUCUAUGCCUGUUAGCAGGCUGCAGCAUCUGCUGGUUCAACACGGUAUGCUACGUCCUAUGCAUCCGCAACUUCCCUUCGAACCGCGCGCUCGCGUUGUCCCUAACAGUAAGCUUUAACGGCAUCACUGCUGCCCUCUACGCCCUCAUAGCCAAUUCCAUCGACUCUUCCGCAAGCUCCAUCUACCUCUUCCUCAAUGCUGUUGUUCCGCUCAUCGUCUCCUUCCUUGCCCUAGUCCCUAUUCUCCGCCAACCCUCACUCAGCCCUCUUACGCCGGAUGCCGUUCGCUUAGACUCCGUGAUCUUCCUCAUCCUCAACAUCCUAGCCGUGAUCACCGGCCUCUACCUCCUCCUCACUGGAACUGCUACCACAGACGAGUUCUUAGCCCGUAUCCUCCUCGGUGGAGCAGUUUUCCUCCUUGUGUUCCCGCUAUUCAUCCCGGGGAUUGUCUAUGCUCAGUCUUGGUUCCACCAAACUGUCCACUCAAGCUUUCGCCUCGAGGGCUCAGGCUUCCUCUUGGUCGAUGACGAGGACCUUGAGCUCCAUAAGGAACUUAUAUCACGCGAAGCAAGUAUUCACGAGAACGGGCUAACCCAUUUGAUCACCGAAAAGGGGUCAAGCUAUGGACUCACAAGGCAGAAGGACGCAUACAUUGCAGGUUGCUGUGAGGUGAUUGUUGGGAGGAAUCAGUUGGCGAUGCUCGGAGAAGAGCACCCUGCUAGGCUACUGGUGAGGAGGCUUGAUUUUUGGCUUUACUACAUCGCCUACUUCUGUGGGGGCACAGUCGGGCUUGUGUAUAGCAACAACUUGGGGCAGAUCGCGCAGUCACUUGGGCAGAGUGAUCGCACCACUAUUCUCAUUACGCUCUACUCCUCCUUUUCAUUCUUCGGCAGACUGCUCUCAGCCGCACCAGACUACAUCCGUGCAAAGUUGUACUUUGCACGGACCGGCUGGCUGACACUGGCCUUAUUGCCGACACCGGUGGCCUUCUUCCUGCUGGCUGCGUCGGGCCACGCAAUGGCCCUAGCCACAGCCACCUCCCUCAUCGGUCUAAGCUCAGGCUUCAUAUUCGCCGCAGCGGUCUCCAUCACAUCAGAGCUCUUUGGACCCAACAGCGUCGGGGUCAACCACAACAUCCUCAUCACGAACAUUCCGCUUGGGUCUCUCUUCUACGGGCUCCUAGCGGCAGAAGUGUACGACGCAAGCACCGGGUCCACCCUGCGGAGCUUCUUCUAUAGUGACUCGGUGGUGUGCUAUGGGAAGGCAUGUUACUUCCUGACCUUUGUGUUGUGGGGCUGCAUCUCUUUGGUGGGGUUAGCCUCCACUUUUCUCUUGUUCUUGAGGACUAGACCGGCCUACGACCGGUUCGAGAGAGGUAGAAUUUCGAGUCAAUUGGAUUUGGAUUGAUUUUUUUUUUUUCCUUUUAAAUCAGGAUGAUCGUUUAAUUUUCUCAAUUUAGGAUCAAGAUAGGUUGUGUUCUUGGAGAUCAUAUACGAAUAGAGAAGUUUCAUUUAGUUGUGUGAUCACCUUAAGUCAUCAAAUUCGAAUUUGAGGAUAGCGUGCGAUUAUCUGGAAA